AUGAAGGGCGCGCGCGACGGCAAACUCCGCUGCCUCCUGUGCAGCCGGGGCCCCGACCCUCUUACCCAGACUGGGGCCAGAUGGCUGGCUCUAACUGGACCUGACCUGCCCGGCUUGCAGACACCAUGGAAGGUGCUCCUGGGAUUGCUGGCGAUCGCUGUGCUCGUCACCGUCAUCACUGUGCCCGUGGUUCUGCUGACCAAAGACAAUGAUGCUUCAACUGAUGGUCGCAGAACCUACACUCUAGCCGAUUAUUUAAAAAAUACUUUUAGAAUGAAAUUCUACAAUUUGAGAUGGGUUUCAGAUCAUGAAUAUCUCUACAAACAAGAAAAUAAUAUCUUGCUAUUCAAUGCUGAAUAUGGAAACAGCUCCAUUUUCUUGGAGAACAGUACAUUUGAUGAAUUUGGACAUUCUAUAAAUGAUUAUUCAGUUUCACCAGAUAGACAAUAUAUUCUCUUCGAAUACAACUAUGUGAAGCAAUGGAGGCAUUCCUACACAGCUUCCUAUGACAUUUAUGAUUUAAAUAAAAGGCAGUUAAUUACAGAAGAGAGAAUCCCAAACAACACACAGUGGAUCACAUGGUCAUCAGUGGGUCAUAAGUUGGCAUACGUUUGGAACAAUGAUAUUUAUGUGAAAAAUGAACCAAAUUCUCCAAGUCAGAGGAUCACAUGGACUGGGAAAAAAGAUGUAAUCUAUAAUGGAAUAACUGACUGGGUUUAUGAAGAGGAAGUCUUCAGUGCUUAUUCUGCUCUGUGGUGGUCUCCAAACAGCACUUUUUUAGCAUAUGCCCAAUUUAACGACACAGAAGUCCCACUGAUUGAAUACUCCUUCUACUCCGAUGAGUCACUGCAAUAUCCGAAGACCGUGAAGAUUCCAUAUCCAAAGGCAGGAGCUGUGAAUCCAACUAUAAAGUUCUUUGUUGUAAAUAUCAGCAGUCUCAGCCCGAACAUUAAUGCAACUUCCCAACAAAUUGUUCCUCCUGGUUCUGUGUUAAUAGGGGAUCACUACUUGUGUGACGUGACGUGGGUAACAGAAGAAAGGAUUUCUUUGCAGUGGCUCCGCAGGAUUCAGAACUAUUCGAUCAUGGAUAUCUGUGACUAUGACAGGUCCACAGGAAGAUGGAUUUCCUCAGUGGGACGGCAACACAUUGAAAUAAGUACCACUGGCUGGGUUGGAAGAUUUAGGCCUGCAGAGCCUCAUUUUACCUCUGACGGGAAUAGCUUCUACAAGAUCAUUAGCAACGAAGAGGGUUACAAACACAUUUGUCACUUCCAAACAGAUAAGAGAAAUUGCACAUUUAUUACAAAAGGAGCCUGGGAGGUCAUUGGGAUAGAAGCUCUUACCAGUGAUUAUCUAUACUACACUAGUAAUGAAUAUAAAGGAAUGCCAGGUGGAAGAAAUCUUUAUAAAAUCCAACUUAAUGACUACACAAAAGUGAUGUGCCUCAGUUGUGAGCUGAAUCCAGACAGGUGUCAGUAUUACUCUGUAUCGUUCAGUCAAGGGGCAAAGUACUAUCAGCUGAGAUGCUCCGGUCCUGGUCUGCCCCUCUAUACUCUGCAUAACAGCAGCAAUGAUAAAGAACUGAGAGUCUUGGAAAACAAUUCAGAUCUGGAUCAAAUGCUGCAGGAUGUCCAGAUGCCCUCAAAGAAACUGGACUUCAUUCAUUUGCAUGGAACAAAAUUUUGGUAUCAGAUGAUCUUGCCUCCUCAUUUUGAUAAAUCCAAGAAAUAUCCUCUGCUAAUAGAAGUAUAUGCAGGCCCCUGUAGUCAAAAAGCAGAUGCUAUCUUCAGACUCAACUGGGCUACUUACCUUGCAAGCACAGAAAACAUUAUAGUAGCUAGCUUUGAUGGCAGAGGAAGUGGUUACCAAGGAGAUAAGAUCAUGCACGCAAUCAACAGAAGAUUGGGAACAUUUGAAGUUGAAGAUCAAAUUGAAGCAACCAGACAGUUUUCAAAAAUGGGAUUUGUGGACGACAAACGGAUUGCAAUUUGGGGCUGGUCAUACGGAGGGUACGUAACCUCAAUGGUGCUGGGAGCAGGAAGUGGUGUGUUCAAGUGUGGAAUAGCUGUGGCGCCUGUUUCCAAGUGGGAGUACUAUGACUCCGUGUACACAGAACGUUACAUGGGUCUUCCAACUCCAGAAGACAACCUUGACUCUUACAGGAAUUCAACAGUCAUGAGCAGAGCUGAAAAUUUUAAACAAGUUGAGUACCUCCUUAUUCAUGGAACAGCAGAUGAUAACGUUCACUUUCAGCAGUCAGCUCAGAUCUCCAAAGCCCUGGUGGAUGCUGGAGUGGAUUUCCAGUCAAUGUGGUAUACAGAUGAAGACCACGGGAUCGCCAGCAACACAGCACACCAACACAUAUACACCCACAUGAGCCAUUUCCUAAAACAAUGCUUCUCUCUACUUUAG